CGUUUCCAGUGUAUUGACUGGCGCCCCCUUAGACAUGCACUAUAUACUGCAAUAUACAGCAGCAGCAGUAGCAGUGUUUUAAGUAUAUUAUUUAAGCUGUAGACUUUGUAGGGGUUGGCAUUAUGUCCACACUUUCUCUCAGUAACCUUUGACCAGUCACGUGAUCAUCAUAACACAAAUCUGUGCCUUUGUUGCUUGACGAAAUGAAGUUUUUAAAUCUUUUUGGAAGGUUACAAUCAAAUGUCAUUGGCAUGAUUCACGUCCGAGCUUUGCCAGGAACCCCUUUGAACCGCUCGACUAUCUCCGAUAUCACAGAGGAGGCCUGUCGAGAGGCGGAAAUUUACCACAACGCGGGACUUGAUGGGCUGAUCAUUGAAAACAUGCAUGAUAUUCCAUACACCCUUGAUGUGGGUCCAGAAGUGGGUGCAUGUAUGACAGCUGUGUGUACAGCAGUCAGAGGCCUUUAUCCAUCCUGGCCGCUCGGUGUACAGAUUCUCUCAGCAGCAAACCACUCAGCUCUGGCUGUAGCUCUGGCCUCAGGGCUGGAUUUUAUCCGUGCAGAGGGGUUUGUUUUCUCACAUGUUGCAGAUGAAGGCCUGUUAAAUGCCUGCGCCGGUGAGCUGCUGCGCUACCGCAAGCGCAUUGGAGCAGAGCAUGUUCAGAUCUUUACUGACAUCAAGAAGAAGCACAGUGCUCAUGCCCUGACUGCAGAUGUGAGCAUAGCUGAGACGGCUCAAGCUGCCGAGUUCUUCCUCUCUGAUGGAGUCGUCGUCACAGGAAGUGCCACUGGAGCAAAGGCUGAUCCGCAGGAACUGAGGGAGGUUUCCCAGUCUGUACGGAUCCCCGUUCUCAUCGGGUCUGGAGUAACUGAUGACAAUGUGGAGCACUACCUUCAGGCAAGCGCCAUGAUCAUCGGCUCUCAUUUCAAGAAAGGAGGUUACUGGGCAAAUAGUGUGGAUGCUGAAAGAGUCAAAAGGUUCAUGGGAAAGAUGCACACACUUCGGGAGUAACAAAUGAAUAAAAUAAAAACCAAUUGGAGCAAAGUGAAGAUAAAAUAUUUAUUUUUUCACUUUUUAAAAGAUUUGAUCAAACGUGUUUUUGAAGAUAAAAAAUAAAACAACAGCAAAUAAAGGCAUUUAAA